GCAGCGACGGACGGUCGCAGUGUCGGCAAUGGGCCAGCAGCAGCAGCAGCAGCAGCAGCAGCAGCAGCAGCAACCGCUACAUCAGCAGCAGUGGCCACAACUCCAGCCACUGCAGCAGCAGAUGACCUGGGCAACGGUCUUGAACGGUCGUAAUAGCCGAGCGCAACGCCCGACUCAGCAGCAGCAGCAACCGCAUCAGGAGCUAUACCGGCCACCUCAGAUGCGCCAGCAGCAGCAGCAGAGCCAGCAGCAACAACAUCAGCAGCAUCGUGCCCAGUCCAAGGGGCGUCCUGCACGACCCGAUCGCAUCGCGGUGGUCCCCGGUCCGGACAAAACCUGGACGGAGAUGUACGUGAAGCUGCGCUCAUCACAGGAGCUGCAAGACGUCAGGGCAGAUAUUGGGAUGGGGCGUCGGACCGCGCAAGGUCAUCUCAUUGUCCCAAUACGCAAGAAUGUGGACAGCGCUGAGCUGGCUCGCCGGAUCCAGCUGGCACUCGGCGAGGAUGGCGUGGUCCGUGUGGUGACGGAGAUGGGAGAGCUUCUCGUCACCAACAUUGACUCUCUGGCCGAGAAGAGUGAUGUGGAGCUCGCCAUCAAGGAGAAGCUGGGAGCAGAGCCGGGAAUCGCGCGUGUCGAGCUCUGGGAGCUCCGUGAUGGCACGAAGCGAGCUCGAGUGCGGCUCCCACUAGCAAAGGCACGGCUUCUCAUCGGGCAGAAGCUGACACUGUGCCAAUGCGUCAGCGGCAUCCGCGAAGUGCCGAAGAAGCCACUCGACCGUCAGCGUUGCUUCCGUUGUCUUCUGAUGGGGCAUCUGGCACGAAACUGUCGUGCCUCGUCUGACCGGUCGGGUCUGUGUUUGCAGUGUGGCGAAGAGGGCCACCGCAUUAGCCAGUGCACUUCGGCAGCUAAGUGCAUUGUCUGCCAGGGGCCCCAUCGUGUGGGCCACUCAUCGUGCCGCCAGAACCAGCAUUCGCGGGCGUAAUGCGGGUAAUGCAGGUCAACCUGGGUGGUGGACGCAUCGCUCAGGAUCUGGCCCUGCAAACAGCCCGCACGAAGCGGGUCAACGUGCUGCUGCUGUCAGAGGUGUAUCGGCCUCCGGCGGGCAGCGGAAACUGGGCGGUGGAUUCGUCGGGGAGAGCAGCUGUGGUGGCAACCGGCCACCUUCCGAUCCAGCGGGUGUGGCGCUGUGCCAUGCCCGGGUUGGCUGCUGCGCAGAUUGGAGGGGUGGUGUUCAUCAGCUGCUACGCCCCUCCGCGACUCAACACCGGCGAGUUCGAGCAACUUCUGGAGGCGGUGGAGUUGGAGGCCCAACCCCACCCUCGUAUCGUCCUGGCAGGCGAUUUCAACGCCUGGAAUGAGGAGUGGGGUAGUCAACGCACC